UGGUGGAAGACCACACAGGACGUCAGAGGAAAGUGAGCGUGAAGGAAAAGGUAGACUCUUUCGUCCCCUGGAUGCAAACGAAGCUGAGGAAAGGAUGCACCAAGAAGAUCUCUACAGGCGGUUGCCAAUUCUGCAAUGGCUGCCGAAAUACAGCACCGAUGAUGCCGUGGGAGACCUCGUGGCCGGAGUCACUGUGGGACUACUAGUUAUACCUCAGUCGCUGGCUUACUCUAAUAUUGCUGAUCUGCCUGCACAGUAUGGUCUCUACGGAUCCUUCGUCGGCUGCCUGAUGUACAUAUUCCUGGGAAGCUGCAAAGAUGUGCCCAUGGGUCCCCCGGCUAUAUGCUCACUGCUAACUUACCAGACUAUCAAAGGAAUGGGACCUGAUCACGCUAUACUGCUAUGCUUCCUAAGCGGGGUCAUACAGCUUAUAAUGGGUAUGUUUGGUUUAGGGAUAAUGAGACUUCGUCUCGGGUCCCGUAUCGUCAGGUUUCACUUCGGCUGUUGCUUUGCUGAUCACUCGUCACAAGUGAAGGACAUUCUGGGCAUCAACGGAGGUGGGGCCACGUUUGUCAACAUGUGA